CCUAAUUGGCUCCGAGAGUACUUCAAUUCCGUAGAUUGAACGUAAUACAAUGGCAAACACCACUCCCUUUUCCAUGUCGACUAUGUUUGAUGCUCUACCACACGACCUCCGUUUUCCACCCGCAAGACAAUUCAUGAAUGCGAAGCCUCGGGUGAUUCGUCCUCCUCCUCCUCCUCCUCCUUUUUCACGUAGCGCCGCCGCAGAUUCCUUAUUCUGCUGGGACUGGGAGAUCACGGAGGGUUUAACUCCUGAAAUAGUGGAGAUUGGCACUUUUCAAUGGAUCUUCAACCUAAUGACUAGAAGCGACGACGAUGUGCCUCACUUUAAAGACGUGAUCUCAGUGUUUGACAUUAGAGAGCGUGAAAGGAUGGUGUACAUGCUGACUUCAGACUCCGAUUUCUUCAUGGAUAUCGCAAGAGACAUUAACGGCUCCAAAAACAUACAGAGACUCAUGGGGAAAUCCGAAUACAUGGACGCGGUCUUCUGCGAAGCUAUCACGCGCCUCUUCCUCCAGGUCAUGACAAACAAGUUCGCGUCCUACGUGGGGAUACAGGGAACUAGAGUUUUCCAACAGGACAAGAAGGAGCCACUGUACGAGCUCAUUCUCCAGUAUGGGCUUUACCUAGCGCGUGACCAACACGGUUGCAUCGCUCUCAACCAAGUCAUAACCGACUUGGACCAUUCUUCCUACAGAAACCAGCUCCUAGACCUAGUCGCGAUCAACGCUGUUUGGCUAAGCAACGAUCAUUAUGGGAACUUUGUGAUCCAACACUUGCUUAGACUGAAAGACAUGCGUUGCACGCGUAACAUUGCUGUUAAUCUACGAGGCCACUACGUUGAUCUCUCGUUUAAGAAGUUUGGAAGCUACAUCGUGGAGGGGCUUUUGAAAGUGGGGGACUCGGUAAUGGAAGAGGUGGUUAUGGAUCUUGUGAAGUGCGAGGGAGAGAGGUUGAUGAGGCUGGCGAGGAGUGAGUAUGGGAAUUUCGUGGUGAGGAAGGCACUGGGACUCACGAAAAAAAACUAUAUGACGGCUGAUCUGUUUAACGGUUUGGUGAAAAAGCUCAUCCCUUUUCGCCAUCUCUUGCCUAGAUCUCCUGGAAGAAACAUUGCAACCAUCUUGGACUCUGUUUUGAUAUCAUCCUAG